CAACAGCGACCUUGUUGAGUUCAGCCACAAACAUUUACGCGAUAUAUAUUAACACUCUGCACACUAUUAACGCGUCAGAAAUCAUUCAUUUCGAAUUCAUAAACGCUCACUCACGUUUCUUCCUACUUAUUAUUAGAACAAAAGUUUCCAUCUUUGUAACCAGCGUUCUUUUCUUAUCUGCUCUAUUGUUCUGGUUGUUUCUAUCUUUUAGUCUCAUUUUUUUAUUUUUGACAGUCGAUCACGGGAUCAGAAACGUUUUUACGUUUAACAUCGAUCGUCGGAUCAAAAUCAAACUGCCAAGGAAAUGCUGGAAAACAAAGGUUGUACAAGUUGCAGCGGACCUGGCUAUAAAUCGCCAAAAGCAGCGAUACUCGAGGGUCCACGUGAGAAACUCAUGUAUGUCGUCUCUAUUCAUACGGAUAAAAAUAAAUCCGACGUCCUGUGCACUGUCGACAUAGACCCAGAUAGUACCGACUAUUGCAAGAUCAUUCACAAAUUGCGAAUGCCCCAUAUCGGCGAUGAAUUGCACCAUUCUGGCUGGAAUAUCUGUAGUAGUUGCCACAAUGUAUCACGAAAACGAGACACUCUGGUGCUGCCUUGUCUCAUGUCUGACCGUGUCUACUUCAUCGAUACGUCCAACGAACGAGCUCCAUCAAUCAAAAAGGUACUGAGCCCAACAGAUGUACAUCGAUAUGGGGUAUCGACGUUGCACACAAGUCACUGCGCGCCAACCGGAGAAAUUUUAAUUUCUUCAAUGGGUAAACCAAACGGAGACGCCCUCGGUGAAUUUCUUCGUGUCGAUUCCGCGACGCUCGAAGCGAAAGGCACAUGGACCGUAGGAGAAAAGAAAGCAGCGUUCGGAUACGAUUUUUGGUAUCAACCAUAUCACGAUACGCUUGUCGCGACCGAAUGGGGUGUACCUAGAAUUUUUAAACGAGGAUACGCUGUCACCGACAGCGCCGAUCCUGUGCUUUAUGGCAGGAGCUUGAAUUUUUAUUCGUGGAGCGAAAGGAAAUUGAAGCAAGUUGUGAACCUGGGCGACGAUGGAAUCGCGCCACUCGAAGUACGAUUUCUUCAUGAUCCAAAGGCCAGCGUGGGAUUCGUUGGAUGCGCGGUUACUUCAAACGUGCAUAAGUUUUACAAAACGUCGACUGGCGAUUGGGCUGUAAAGAAAGUGAUCCAAGUUCCUCUGAAGGAAUAUUUUACCUAUGACUCGCCACUCUCGUGCGUAGGAAUGAUAACGGACAUAUUGAUCAGCCUGGACGACAAGUACCUCUAUCUAUCCAACUGGCUUCACGGUGAUAUUAGACAAUAUGAUAUUUCCGACACGGAUAAUCCAAAGUUAACCGGUCAAGUAUUCCUCGGUGGCUCGAUUUUAAGUGACUCGAACGUUCGUGUAACUCGAGAUGAGGAACUGGGUAGCCAACCGGAUCCAGUUCAUGUCAAAGGCCGAAGACUCGAGGGAUCACCGCAGAUGCUUCAAUUGAGUCUCGAUGGAAAACGUUUAUACGUGACCACUUCCAUCUUCAAACCGUGGGAUCAACAGUUCUAUCCUGAGCAUGUCAAAAAUGGUUCAACCAUGGUCAAGUUAGACAUCGAUGUUCAAAAUGGCGGCAUGAAACUUGACGAACGAUUCUUGGUGGACUUCGGCGCAGACAAAAAUGACAUUUUACUUGCGCAUGAAAUGCGUUAUCCGGGAGGUGACUGUACAUCGGACAUAUGGCUGGCGGAAGAUUAAUCUACUCGCUGGUCAACAUAUACAUUUCUUCUUAUUGAAACAAAAAAUGAUAUAUAUUUUAAAAUACUGAAAGAAAGUAGGAAUAAUCGUUUAAUAUAUGGAUAACAAAUGUGGAUAAUAAAUUAUUUCUUUCUGCCUUUGAAUCCAUUUCUUUUUCAAUGCUUCCGUUCUAUUCCCAUCCUCCGUUUCUGUUUUUCCAUACAAUUUCCAAAUGACAGAGGAGACUUUUCUUCUUGCAUCGGUGUAAACUUUGUGGUUUCGAAUGGUUGCAGAUUAUCAUCAAAUCGGGACAAAAAAAAUUUGCAAUUUUCUCGUUCCAUGUAAAAAAUUUUCACUGACAGCUGAACGUAUAACCUUCGUAUUUGCAUUUGCCCGAAGGAGAACGAUAGAAAGAAGCGACAAAAUCCGAUGAAUGAUCCAGUCCAAUCCUUUCUUUUUCUUAUCCCAUCACUGAGGAUACUUUUUAUUUGUAAAAAAUAUAAUAAUAUAAUGCUGACGCUGCUGACAGUAGCGAUAUCUUCAACGAUGGUAGUGGUGCUGACAACGACGAGAAACGGUACAGUAACAGUAACGAUUAUACAACAAUGACGUUUCAUAUUAUCGCAGUGGUAAUUAUCAUUUAUCUUAAAUAUAAUGAUAAACACGAUAAAUGAAUGCAACAAUAUAACGUGUAUA